UUGAAUUCAAGAUGGCUGACGAAACAAGCGAAGAAAAACCGGUUCACGAAAAACUCCUCCAGUUCUUAAAAUCCACGUAUUCUGCCCUCAGAACAAUUGCCCUUACGAAAACAACAUAUAAAGUAGCAAUAUACUGGUUGAUUGUAGUUCUUGGAUCUUUUAUUCAUGAAUUUUUUCCUCCUCCAAGAUCGUACUUUUCCUACACUAAGAACGUGUUCAACGUGUACUUCGUGAAGCUUGGAUGGGGAUGGACGUGGACGCUUCUAAGUGUUCUUGUACUCACCACAUCGGCUAUACUAACUUCAGGAAAUGUUAUCUUAAUAGCAAGUCAUUAUAGUAGACUCAUCGUCGCCACGAUCGCAUGGUUUCUUUGGGUUAAUUUUUUUGAGUACGUUGAACAUAUAUCCGGUAGUUGUAAAGGAGAGUCCAGACAUGGUUCCAAGUAUACGUGCCAUAAACACGGCUACUUCUGGGAAGGAUUUGAUGUAUCAGGCCAUACCUUCCUACUGAUUCACUGCUGUCUUACUAUCAGUGAAGAAAUCAAAGUUGUGAAGCUCAUUGAAGACCUCGACAAGGGAAUCGAUAACCAUGGAAAUCCAUCAACUGGCCCGAUGUCCUUCAAGUCCAAGUAUUGGUACAAGCUAUUUAGCCCAUUCAUCAAUACCACUUUCCUGUUCACUGCUAUUUUGAUGGUUCUCUGGGAGAUAAUGCUUGUAUCAACUUGUGUGAAUUUUCACACAACUCUUCAAAAAAUCUUUGGUGCAUUGCCAGCUUUUAUUACAUGGAAAUUUAAUUAUCAAUAUUGGCAUAUGCAGGAUUCUGGAGUUGUUUUAUCUGCUCAAAGUUAUUUCAAUAAUUAUGACUUCAGGCAAUAAAUUGACUCCCAGAUGAUUCUGUAUUUACCUGCAGUCCACUUCAACAAAUCCAGAAGAUUAAACUAGAGUAAGAAUGUUAUGGAAAAUAUUUUAAAAUCAKAUUUAUUUUAAAAUGUACUAAAGUAUUGAAAUUUAUUUUUCUUGCAAUCUAGUAUCCUAAAAAUCUCAUUGGCUGUACAAGCAGGUGGUAUUUUCUAUCUCUGACCACAGCUGUCCAGUAUCAUGGUAUAAUAACAACAAUAAUAAUAAUAUGCAAAAUAAGAUAAAUAAAUUAUUUAUGAUCRUAAAGUCAGUCUAGACAGAAAAAACUGUGCCCUCGCCUUUGAAACAAAUCUCAGCCUAAUGGCCUCUAGUCUCCUCCACAGCCAUCAUUAGUUCCGGUACCAGAUCAUCAUGGGUCAAUGAGGAUCUGUGACUGAAACUAAUGACAGCUGAGGAGUAGACUAAAUGUCUCAGUCUGUAUGUUCAAGAUCUAGGGCUCAGUUACUGUUUAUCUGGCUGGUACAUAAAUAACCUCUAUGUAUUUUAGCCUUUUGGGCCUUCAAGUUUUCGUAUGCUAAACUAUUUAACAAGACAUCAUAUUAUAGAAUUAUCUUAGGCUAUUUCUUCAGAUGUUUUUAAGCUUGAGUCAUAUAAGAAUGUAUUACAAGGGAAGCACAGGUGGCAUGUGCUGCUAAUGCGCUGCCUCUCACCAAUGCGGCCUGAGUUUGAGUCCUGCCGAUCUCRAUGUYGUAUGUGAGCAGAGUUGUUUGUUGGUUCUCUCCUGUGCUUCGAGGGUUUUUCCCGGGUUCUCCGGUUUUCCUCCCUCCACAAAAAUCAACUUCUAAAUUCUAAUUCCAUCUUGGGCUUUCACCUAGCUCUGUUGUGAUUGUCCCACGUCGUGAUAAAACAGUUUAAGCUUAAUAUAUGUUUUUUAAAGAUUUAAAUAAAGAGAUUUAAAUAGUA